AUGACAGAUUAUAGAGAACGUGAUUGUUUAGAUAUUAUAUUAAAACCACUUGAUCAAUUUGUAUUAGCACAUAUUACUACAAUUAAUUAUAAAAAUUCAUUUGAACAUAUUCAAAACGAUCCAAGUACAUACAAUGAUAAAGAUGAAUUUUUUUUAUUUACUUGUGUAAAUUAUAUUUGGAGUGCAAAAGAAGAUAUAAAUAAUGAAUUAUUUGAUAGAAUGUCAAAAUAUUAUGAAUAUAUGUUAAAAGAAUUAAUAUUUAUAUCAAAUAAAUUUGAAAAUAAAUCAAUUAAAAAUUCAUUGAUGUAUAUUAUUCUAAUUUUAAAUAGAUUAUAUACAACAAAACAAUUCUUAAAUGUCUUUGAUGAUUUGAUUUUAUUAUUCAAUAAGAUGCCUGAUGGUUUUCUAUUGGAAGAUAAUAGUGAAGAAAACCAGAAUUAUGAAAUUAGGAUUAUUUGGCAAGCUGAAUUUCCACCAGAUUUGAAUUCAUUAAAUGAAACAAGUAUACCAGCGAUAUUUAUUUAUAGUAUAUUACACAACAUAUAUGCCUGUGUAUGUGAUUCGAAUAUCAUUUCAAUUAUAAAAGAUAAACAUAUAGCAGAAACAAUAUUAAAAUUAACAACUGUUAAUUCUCAAUCAAUACAACGUCUUGCUUAUAAUAUAUUAGCAUUAGUUAUGAGUGAAAAUGAUGUUAAAAAAUUGCCUCAACCUGAUCAAAUAACAUCAGUUUUUAUUGGAUUUUUAAAAGAGGCACAUGAAAAACAAUCUUGUCUAGGUUCUAUUUAUCAUACACAAUUAAUCGACACACUAAAAGGUUUUUUACAACAUGAUCAAAUAAAAGAAGAAUUUAUUAAACAAGAUGGUGUAUCGUUUAUUAUAAAAUAUUUAUAUCAACGUGAUCAUUAUGAUUGUCCGCUUUCUACACCAAAUCAAUCAGAUGCAUUAGAAUUAAUAUGUAUAUUAGCAUUUGAUGAGCAAGUGGCGGAAAUUCUUAAGCAAAAUCAAUUAUUUAUGACAACUGUAAAAUCAAUUUUAACAAUGGAAAAUAAUAAAUAUGCAUGUGAUGAAAAACAAGAACAAAAAGAUGUUGAACGUAUAAAAAAAGCUGCAAACGGUGUUCUAUGGGUAUUAGAAAAUGAAGAGAAAACAUUGAAAAAUAAUAAUAAUGAGCAACGAAAUAAAGAAGUAUAUGAUUUAAUGAUUAGUUAUUCAUGGAAUGAUAUGGAUUUAGCACAUAAAAUUUCUGAUUAUUUAAUAGCAAAUAAACAUUAUAAUGUUUGGAUAGAUCGGGAUAAAAUGCAUGGUUCAAUAAUUGAUUCUAUGGCAUCAGCUAUAGAAAAUUCCAAUACUGUAUUAAUGUGUAUGUCUGAAACAUAUAAACGUAGUGAAAAUUGUAAAGCAGAAGCUGAAUAUGCACGUAAACGUAAAAGAUCUAUUAUACCAUUAAUGAUGAGAGAAAAAUAUGAUCCAGAUGGAUGGUUAGGUUUUAUAUGUGGACAAAAAUUAUAUAUUGAUUUUACACAAUAUGAAUUUGAAAUAGCUAUGAAUAAAUUAACAGCAGAAAUAGAAAAAAAUCGUCAAAAUAAUCAACAACAACAAUUAUCUUCAUCGACAACGCCAAAGCCAAUUCAAAAUGAAACAGAACCAAAAACAACACCAUCAAUGAUGAGUAUACAGGAAGAAACAAAAUUGACAACACAACAGUAUGUAUAG